AUGCCGGAGGCUCUCCUCAGUUCUCCGACCAUGACGUUUGACAAGUGGUUUCCGCCGCACAACGCCGAUGAAACUCCAUCACUCUUUAAUAUCAGCCUAGACCAAGUAGUAUCUGGCCUGAACUCUGGCCAGUUUACAUCAGUUCAACUGGUCCGCGCGUAUAAAGCGCGAGGUGACGAAGUAGACCACAUAUUUCGAUCUGUGAUUGGGUGGAAUCCGGAUGCAGAAGCGAUAGCCAGAGAGUUGGACUUAGAGAGGGCCAACACGGGUCCCCGAAGCAUAUUCCAUGGAGUGCCUCUCAAGCUCAAAGACAAUACUAUGACACUGGAUAACGUGCCAAGCACAUGCGGGUCAACAGUUCUCGUCGGGAUUCAGUUUGAACAGGAAGCAACUGUAGUCCAGAAACUCCGCCAAGCUGGGGCAAUUGUUGUUGGAAAAUGUAACAUGACCGAGUUCGCUGGCUUCAGGUCAACGAAUGGGCCUACGGCUUGGAGUCCGCGAGGAGGCCAAGCUACUGGCAUCUUUUAUCCGAAUAUGAAAGCGUUUGGGAGCAGCAGUGGUUCCGCCAUUGCUACGGGCUUGGGAAUCACAUUUGCGAGUUUGGGAACUGAGACUGUAUCAAGCAUCGUUGGCCCAGCGGAACGAAGUGCGGUGGUUGGAUUCAAGCCGACAAAACAACUGGUAAAUACCUAUGGAGUUAUUCCUGUCUCCAAUCGCCAGGAUACAAUUGGUCCACUUACACGGAACGUAAGGGACGCCGCCCAGAUCCUUUCGAUCAUCGUGGAAUCAUCAAAUGAUUACGUGACAGACAUGGAUGCCAUCGACAUGGGGAACAUCAAAAUUGGGUUGCUCCGUAAGCCAGGCGACUUUGACGAGCACAGAAUGACAGUUUUCAGCGACAUAGCUGACUCUCUCCGAGAAAUGUCGGCUGGAGUUGUUGACAACGUCAGCUUGGCUGGCUUGCAAGAAUAUGAGAGUCUAUCCGAGCAUGACAAAUCCGUGGCUAUCAAAACCGACCCCGCUGAGUGUUAUCCGAGUUGGAAUGUUGAAAUAAUGGAGAGGGCGAAUGCGACAGACAUGCGGGAUGCGUCAUACUUACGUGCCUUGGAGAAGCAGUGCUACUUCGAGACUGCUGGGGGUAUUGAAGGGGCAAUAGAUUGCAGCGGAUGCCACGUCCUGCUCGCCCCAGGAGGGUCGCUUAUCACCCAAGCUUUAGCAGCAAUGGCAGGUUCACCAGCAAUCAGUCUGCCCGUGGGCUUUUAUCCCGAAGAAACACAUGUGACACAUGAUGACCAUACAGGGCAGGUUUUGACUGCACCCAAUAUUCCCUUCUCUGUAUAUCUCUAUAGUAAACGUUUCAACGAAGCAGUUCUGCUCCGUGUGGCUGAAGAAAUCGAGAGACUGACUGGGAUGGUUGAGAAACGAAGGCCAUACCAAGUGCCGCAAUUAGACUUGAAAGACUUCGUGUAA